GUGACCGUUUAUCAGGUCGGUGCAUAAAAGCGCGGACCACGACCUGAAGCUCCUCCGAGUCGCCAUGAAGACCUGCCCCGUCCUCGUCCUCGUGCUGCUGCUGCUCGGCCUCUGCGCCCGCUCCGCCCAAGGGUGCGACCGCAGGAUUCUUAAGCGGGAAAUCUACGGGGGACGGCCUGUUGGAAACCUCAUCUACGGCCAGACCGCUCAGACCUGCCAGGGCAAGUGCACCGCCAACCCCAGAUGUGUUUACUUCAUUUUCACGGGACGCUUUUGCCAGCUGAGGUCUGGGCCUGUUAAAGGCUCUCAGCCCUCGGUGAUCUGGGCAGGAUACUCUCUGAACUACUGCAAACUUCCUCCAAUACCAGCUCCAAAGUGUGGGCCUCAACCGGGCGUGAACAUGCAGAAAGGAGCCUACAAGGUCCUGAAAGACGUCCCCAGUGUUCAGGCGUGUGAGCAGAAGUGCAACCAGAACUCGGCCUGCACCUUCUACACCUACCUCAGCGACCAGUGGACAGCGGACGUCCGAAAAUAUUCCUGCUUCCUCAAGAGCGGAAAGCCCACAGCGGUGUCCAAAUACCCUGGAAUGAUCUCGGGAUACGCAGAUCGAGCCUGCAAAUAA